GCCACCGCGGAUUGCGGCUCGGGCGCCGUGGAGUGCAACGGCGCCGGUGCAACCCCGCCCGCCACCCUGGCGGAGUUCACGCUGAAUGGUGCAGGCGGGCUUGAUUUCUACGAUGUCAGCCUUGUUGAUGGCUACAACGUGCCCAUGUUAAUCACCCCACAGGGUGGAGCAGGUGUAGGCAACUGCACGACGACUGGGUGCACGGUGGACUUGAACAGCGAGUGCCCCAUGGAGUUGAGGGUGGUGGUGAGCGGCGGGGACGGGCGGAGCGUGGCGUGCAAAAGCGCGUGUGAGGCGUUCGGGGAGGCACAGUAUUGCUGCAGUGGGGAGUAUGGGAACCCGAAUACGUGCCGGCCGACGUCGUACUCGGAGCUGUUCAAGGCGGCGUGCCCGUCGGCUUACAGCUACGCAUACGACGACGGGAGCAGCACCUUCACCUGCGCCUCCCCCGCCGAUUACCUUAUCACUUUCUGCCCUUCUCCCACGACCAGCUUGAAAUCAUCAAACGGGCAGUACCCGCGGGCAGUGGACGUCUCAAGAGCCGGGCAUCACGGCACGCCGUUAACGUCCGUAGCCGUUAUCUCCGCCGUUACGGCAGCUCUAAGUCAGCGGUUGUUGCGGCUCUUUUAAACCUGCCACCGCACACGGCCAUUGGGCCCAUCUUCAGAAGUGGGCCGCCGGCCCAUCAUUUGAGCCCAUAUAACAUGAGUUAAAAGAUUUUUGUUUUGUUUUUUUUAAUACACAUGAAGUUAGAGAUAGAUUCAUCCAUGCACACAUAUUUU